CACACACACACACACACACACACACACACACACACACACACACACACACACACACACACACACACACACACACACACACACAGACACACAGAGAGAGAGACACACACAGAGAGAGACACACACACACAGACACGCACAGAGAGAGACGCACACACACAGACACGCACAGAGAGAGACACAGACACGCACACAGAGAGACACACACACACACCUAUAGAGCAGUAAUAUGCCUCAGGCCCUUAUAACCAGAGAUGAUACACACCCUCGUUCUUUCACAACAUCAUCUUGUGUCUGAGGAAACACAGCAGCUUACUGGUUGACCUGCGUCUCAGGUAUCAGCACAUCUCCACGGAGACAGACGGAGGAAGCGACACAACGCUAACACACCUACCGACCAGACUGACUGACACGGCGACAAACCCUUUACUCAGAUCAGUGAUAUCUGUUUCCAGGUGACCCCAUGACAGUCAUUGUCUCAUCAUCAUGAGAUCACGCCACCUCUUCCUCCUGAUCUACCUCACAGCUCUCUGCUGCUACUGGGGAACAUCAGAUGCACAACGAAAUGAGACCUGCCUUACGCAAGAACUGUGUACUCAGGCGGGUGAUCCUACCUCUAACUUCCUCCAGUGUGUGGGUCUGCCAGCUACAGACACAGGGAGAGACCACCUGCAGAACCUGAAGGACACCAUCGACGCUGCCCUGGAUGUCUACUCCUUCAUGAGAUCCAGUCUAUCCCAGACCCCAGUGUUAGGACUAGAGCUGGGUAUCAGUGUGAACCCAGAGGCAGAAGCCUACCAAGAUGAGGACCUGAUAAAGGUGUGGAUGGAAGUGAAGCUGAAACCACUCCUCUCCAGCAUCUCCAGAGGGUUCCUGUCCUGCCUCAGCAACAAGAACUUCAGCUGCAACACCUACCAGACCAUGGUGGAGGAGUUGAGUGAUCAUUUCUCAGAGAUGGAUCCGGUCAGACAGAGGUGGAUCUAUACGUUCUUUAUGUACCCCUUCCUGUCUGGGGAGAGAGCAGGCUGUGUGAGGCCAGGGGAGAACAGUGAGGACUGGCUGAUCAGGAACUUUGGCUCGUUUAAAGCCGUCGCUCGUAUGAGGGACUUCACAGCCCUCAACAUGGUCUUUAGUGGGCUGGAGGUGCUCCACCUGUUAACUCCGGAGCAGAAGGCAGAGCUGUUGUUGCAUCCGGAGGUGGAGGGACUGGAGAAUGGAACCCUGAGUCUGGUGUUCCACACCCUGAUGACAGAGGUCCACCCCACCGUGGAGAACUCCACCUGGACCCCACCUGGGAGCCCCACCCGCCCCCCCUCCUCCUACACCCCCGCGUACCCACCCAGACCCACGUCGGGCGACCAAUACUCACCCCGACCCCCCUUACCCCAGGAGAGCCUUCGAGAGGUGGUGAACGGGUUCAUGGGGGUCUUCAGGCCUUUCGGAAGCUUCGUCAGAGACUUUGUGUCGCUCACGCACCAAAAGCCCCUGUCUGAGAUCAGGAGCACCACUCUAACUCAGGUUGUGUUGAACUGGACUCUGGCCGAGCUGGCCGGGAACUACAGGUCCCAGGAAGACGAGCCGGAAGACUGGAUGGAAGACAUAUUGGACGUAGAGGACUGGUAUGAACAUGUAGUGGUGCCUGUUCUCCGCCGUGUCCUGCCCCCCGACCAGACGCACAUACCUGGCAGCCUCAAGGCCGUCUUCCACAAAGUGUUCUACCUGAACUCAGACAUGGACAGCAUGGACAAUGACACUAUGUCCCAAGACGUAUGUAGCAUCACCCUAGAGGAGAGAUCAUGUGGGUUGACCAAUGCCGUGGAGAAAGUGGCGCGCGUCCUGCACUGUGUUGCCCGUAGCAACAUGACGAUGUCCGAGGAGACUGUUAUGCGUCUGGUCGUGGAGCUGACGGGGCGGCUCAACUCAUUGGUCCAGAAGUUCUCCACCGCGAACUUCAGUGAGGUGGCGCACCACUUUCAGGAGGUGUUUGGCCAGGCAGACUCCCCGUCUCUGACCCAGGAGAAUCUCAACGACCCAGACUUCAUCAGGCUCUGGUUCCAGAUCAAACUGAAGCCCCUGCUUCCCUCCGUCCCCCCCAGCCUUCUCUCCUGCCUCAGCACCAAGAACUUCACCUGCCCCGUCUACCAAGCCCUUGUGGAGGAGCUGAGUGAACAAAUGAAGCUGAUGGACCAGGAGGACGAGCAGAUGUAUGAAUUGCACGGUCACAUGAUCUACAACCAGUUCCUGUUGCCCUUCCUGUUGAAUCACAACUCCUCAGACCCACAGUGCACCUCUUCAGCCAGUAGCAGUGCAGACUGGCUGAUCAAGAACUUUGGUUCAUUCUCUGCAUUCGCUCCUCUGAGGGAUUUCUAUGAUCUAAAUGGUAAUUUCUCUGCUUUGUCAGCUCUGGAGGUUCUCUCUCCAAAGCAGACAGCAGAGCUGGUGGUGUUGCCUCUUCCUGGUCCUCCAGGGAAAGAUGUCAUCAUCAACACAGUGUUUGACUACCUGACUGAGUCACCAAAGGAGAGGAAACUCCCUGAGUUCCUGUACCACCUCGUCAAGCUGUCUGCGGAGAUAACGAUGCCCUGCAAAUCGUACAAAAUCAUCUUUGAGCGUCUGUACCAGGCCGUAUCGUCUGUACCUCCAGAGAUGGAGCCAGUGGUCUGGGCCAACAUAGACAACCUGAUGCAGACCGCUCCAGAAGGUUGUGGAUUGGAUGAACAGAUACCAGAGUCUGUGCUGGAGUCAACAGAGCUUUGA